AUGCCCCUAACCGUAACCGCGUUCUUCGGGGUCCCAUCCAGUUUGUGCAUCCCCCUUCGAUCUGUACAGCCGACUGGCAACUUGAACGGCGGCCCUGUUCCCCUGCUUCCAGUCUUCCUCGGUGUCUCCCGCUCCAUACUACGCUAUCCGCCGCUGCGCACGGACUGCAUGCAGGCCUGGCGCAUCGACGAGCCACAAUCAAGCCCGUUGGCGAAGUCGUCCUUACAGGAGUCGUACAUCGGCAUCACGCUGCAGCGCCAGGUCUCCGAGUAUGCGGUGUGCGACAUCGUCCGGGCGCGGGAACGGCUGUGGGGGAUCCCCGAUCGUCUUGAGUCAUGA